AUGGUUUGGCUCAAUCGAAGCGUCAUCGAAGAACUUCGUUGGGCAGCCUUCCUUUUAGAAUGUUCAAGUGGUAUCUUUCUUUUAAAGUCGACCGCUUGGAAUUACCGACCUCUACCUACGGAUGUACUACAGGUCUACUGUGAUGCCUCCGGUUCGGGUCUUGGAUUCUGGUACCCUUCCCUUAACCUCGGCUUCCAAUCUAACCUUCCUGAAUGUCCCCUUGUAAAGGAUAUAUUCUUUUACGAGGCUCUUUGCAUUGUGUCUGCAAUCCAUGAUGCAGUCACGCGUCUGCCGAAGAAUGGACGACUGGCCGUUUUCACUGAUAGUCUCAAUUCGGUAUACCUUUUCAACUCCUUGUCCGGAGGGCCAGGAUACAAUCGCCUUCUCAUGUACGUCGUUGAGGUGAUUCUGGCAUUUCAAGUUGAUUUUCGGGUAUUCCACAUCUCUGGAGAAAAGAAUGUGAUAGCUGAUAACCUCUCUCGUUGGAGGGCUUUGGAUGCCCGCUUAGCUUCACCCGGAUUACGGGUACUACCGUUCCAACCCCCUCGGGAUACGCUGGGGGCGGUCAAAAAAUGA